CCUUCCCCUAAUCCGCCUCUUUUAUAUGUCGCUUCCUCUCCCCUCCUCUCACACGCGCACAGAGAAGGAAUGGAUGUCUGAACCGAGUCUUUUCUCGUCGUCAUUGGGACAUCAAUCGACUCCUUUGGCCGUCACGAUGAAGCGAUACAGAGGAGGGUUCAGGUUGGGCCGCCGUCUCGUGAGAAUCUGGCGGCGGGUCUUCCGCCUCGAAGGUGGCUACCACCGCCGCCCCGGCCCCGCCCCUUCCUCGGCCAUCUCCAAUGCUCGCCGCCGGAUCGAGAGCUCCGCGGUGGCCACGAGGCUCUUCGAUUGGGGCCGGAGCCUCUCCCGCCGCCUCCGCCGCCGCGGCGAAGACCGGGCGCCGCUCCUGGAGGAGGAUGCGUGGGGGGCGCCUCCCAAGGGGCACCUCGCGGUGUACGUCGGCGGGGGGCAGCCGCGGCGGUACGUGGUGCCGGUCAUCUACUUCAACCACCCUUUGUUCGGGGAGCUGCUGCGGGAGGCGGAGGAGGAGUUCGGGUUCCAGCACCCCGGCGGCAUCACCAUCCCCUGCCCUGCCGCCAAGUUCGAGCUCAUCCGGACCCGUAUCGCUGCCGCCGGCUGCCAUCUCCGCCGGAAGAGCAGCAGCAGCAAAUUCUUACCACUCUAAAGCAGCCUUUUACUCUCUCUCCUCUUCAUUUAUGGUGUUGUUAUUGUCACAUUAAUCUCAUGUAUAAUAUCAAAA